GUGUCUGUGUUUGUGUGUGUGGCAUCGAGAGGGAAACUCAACUUUUUUUUAAUGUCCGAAAAGUAUUCAAAAAAGGCUGAAAGACGCUGACGCAUUUGUCAGAAACCUGACAACUGCCUUUAAAUCUCUUCACACUCUCACCUCUUCCUCUGUUUCUCUCUCUCUCUCUCAUUGUGUUAAAACAGUGAAGAACAGAGAAGAGAUUUUAUUAGUAUCUGGUUUGGUUUGUUUGUGUUCAAGCUUUUUUCUUCUUGGGAGAUGCAGAGCCCUAAAAUGGAGCAGGAUGAGGAGUUAGAGGAGAGGAGGAGGAAGAAGUGGCCGUGGAUGAAGGCGGCGCAGUUUGUGGAGUUUCAGAUGCAGACUUUGGUGUAUAGAUACAUAGAGGCUGGUCUUCGUGUGCCUCAUCACCUUGUGGUGUCUAUUUGGAACAGUCUUGCUCUCUCUUCAUCCUCCAACUACAACUCUCCCUCUUCUUCUCUUGCAGUGUUGAGUAGUGAUAAAGGAUUGAACCAUAUCCACACAGUGGAACCUGAACCCACAAGGUGCAGGAGAACUGAUGGGAAGAAAUGGCGGUGUAGUAAUAGGGUCCUUCUGUAUGAGAAGUACUGUGAACGGCACAUGCAUAGAGGCCGUAAACGUUCAAGAAAGCUUGUGGAAUCAUCUUAUAAGGUUGCUUCGUCGUCUGCUUCAUUAACAAAACACGACAACACUUAUGGUUUGGACAUAAAUAACGACAGUGAGAGUGUUCUUCUUCAUGAGACAAUGUCGGGUUCUAGUAAUGCCCAGGUAGUUACCAUUGCUUCACUGCCUAGUGCCAGAGCCUGUGAUAAUGUCAUUCGUCCGUCUUUAGUGAUCUCCGAGUCCACAAAAGAAAGUGUGAGUCACGGUGACAGGAGCAGAAGGAACAUGGAGAUGAGUUAUGAUGACUUAAUCAGUAAAAAAGAGUCGAGUAUGUGUGUUAGUGUUGUUCCCCUUCAAGGUGAUGAGAGCUUACCUUCUGUUCAAAAGUUCUUCCCCGAGGUAUCUGAUAGUUCCUUACAAGGUGCACAAUUCUCAGGCAACAGGAAGAAUGAAAUAAUUGCAAGAAGCAGAGAAUGGAAGAAUAUGAAUGUUGUUAAUGGUGGCUUGUUUCAUAGUAUCCACUUUUCUCAAGACACUGUUCUUCAAGAUCGUGGUGGGUUUCGUUUACAAAGAGUUGAAACAGACAAAGAACCAGGAAGGUGCCGAAGAACAGAUGGGAAGAGGUGGAGAUGCAGCAAAGAUGUUUUGUCUGGUCAGAAAUACUGCGAUAAACACAUGCAUAGAGGUAUCAAGAAGAAGCAUCCAGUGGAUACUACUAUCGCACAUGAGAAUGCCGGCUAUAGCCCGUUAACGGUGAAAACAGCUGCUAGAUCUGUGACUUGCAAAGAUGGAGAUGACCAGAAGCUCUCUCUUUUAGUCAUGGGUAUUCCACUGCCCCGAGUUUCUGAUGAGAAGACCACUAGUAGUUGCAGUACCGACACCACUAUUACUGACAUAGCUUUAAGGGGUGAAGAAGACAAUGAGGAGAUAUUGUCAUUAUUUUCUUCAGGCGUCUAGAAGCAUAGAACUAUUGUUAAGAUUUUAAUGCUUUUAGUUUGUCUAUCUAUGGAUCUUUCAGUGUUAGAUGUUAGAAGAAGUCAAAUCACAUAGACACGAGUUUUACGUAGAUUAUAAUAUGCUGAAAUGAGAUAAUAUAUCACAUGGUGGAAUGUACUUUCUCUGAA